CGAGAUCAAAGCGGAAGGGAGACGAUGGCUGCGGAAGAAGAGUUCUACCUGAGGUACUAUGUCGGCCACAAGGGGAAGUUCGGACACGAGUUUCUGGAAUUCGAAUUCAGACCAGACGGCAAGCUCCGUUACGCUAAUAACUCAAACUACAAGAACGACACCAUGAUCCGUAAGGAGGUCUUUCUCACCCCCGCCGUUCUCAAGGAGUGCAAGCGUAUCGUCUCCGACAGCGAGAUUAUGAAAGAGGACGAUAACAACUGGCCGGAGCCUGACCGUGUGGGGAGGCAAGAGCUGGAGAUAGUGAUGGGAAAUGAGCAUAUCUCCUUCACUACCUCAAAGAUUGGAUCCCUCGUUGAUGUCCAGAGCAGUAAUGAUCCCGAGGGACUUCGCAUCUUCUACUAUCUUGUUCAGGACUUGAAAUGUCUCGUGUUUUCGCUCAUCUCGCUCCACUUCAAGAUCAAGCCCAUUUAGAACUAUGAAUCAGUGUCGGAUAUGAGAUGGGUUCUUACAGGUCCUGAUGGCUUGCGUGAGGUUUGUCUCCUGGUGGUCUUCGAGUAGUAAUUUUAGAGUUUGUUGCUUUUCUGCAAUGUAAUGCGCUUAUGUUUCUGGUUCAUUUCAUUUCAUUUCUGAGUGAACUAUGACUUCCUUCCUUUUUGUCGUUGAACGUGAGGUGUGGAAGAAUUGCGAAUGGGUGGAGUAAAAUCAGCCCGUCGUAUUGAGAUUUA